AUGACGUCCGCGCCGCCAGUCGUCGCGUACAAGGGAGGGAUCGCGGGGCUCACGGCGACGGCGGUGGCGGAGGAAGACGAGCCUUCCCCCGGCCGGACGUACCGGGGGAGCGCGGGGGUCAUGGAGGGGGAUGCGCGGAAGGGCAGGGGUCCGCGGCAGUUGCGCCCGCGCGCGGACGACCCGCAUGUGCGCGCGUACGCGCAGCACCUGACGUCGCUGCACGAGCGGACUCUCACCUCCGUCGGUGUCGCGUCGAGCAGUAUGGUGUACAGCUACAAUUUCGCCGCGAACUCAUUCUGCGCGGAACUCACCCCCACGGAGGCGCAGCAGCUGCGCGCGCGCCCGGACGUGGGGCGCGUGGCGCGCGGGCGCAAGGUGCGCGCGCUCACGACGUACUCCCCGCGCUUCCUCAAGCUCGGCGCGCCGAAGGGCGCGUGGGAGGCGAACGGGGGGAAGAUGAGCGCUGGAGAGGGCGUGGUGGUGGGGAUUCUCGACACGGGCAUUUGGCCCGAACACCCAUCGUUUGCGAAUCAGGGCUAUGGUCCCCCACCCAAGCAGUGGAAGGGCGCAUGCACGGGGCUGAAGAAGUGCAACGGCAAGGUGGUGGGCGCGCGCUACUUCCUCUCCGCGUACGAGCGCGAGUACGGCAAGAUCGCUCCGGGGGAGUACCGCUCUGCGCGCGAUGCUGGCGGCCACGGCACGUGGUGUGCGGGGGCGGCGGUGGGCAACAGCGGCGUGGUGCUGACGGAGCGCGACGGCACGCCCAUUGGGACGGCCAGUGGAAUGGCGCCACGUGGCAGGCUGGCGGUGUACAAGGCGCUCUGGUACAACGCGUCAGAUGGGUACGGCCACGACUGCGACAUCUUUGCAGCCGUUGAUCAGGCCGUCGCGGACGGUGUGGAUGUGCUCUCCAUGAGCAUCGGAUCGGGCGAAGAUACCUACUUUGGCGACCUGCCCCUCCUGCGCGCAGCAGAGGCUGGCGUGUUCGUGACCCUAGCGGCGGGUAACGCGGGGCCGCCAGGGUGCAUCAGCAGCUUCUAA